UCUGAGGGGGCCUGAACUUCCUGUACAUAUUAAUGCUCAAAAUAUUUCUAGACAUCAGGACACACAUUGAGAAUAUAACAAGGUCCGCUUCAGAAAAGCUUCUAUUGUUAAUUACUUGUUGACACUGGAACUAUUUCAAAGUAAAUAAAGUUAUGGCUGAGAAAAUGGACACAAGAGAGAGACAAAAGAAAACAGAUGAUAUCUAUGAAAAUGUGGAUGCAAUAAGAGGCAAAAUCACAAUGGAGAUAGAAGACUUGAAUAUAAAGAGAAUCCAUCCGUCUGAACACACAGGAAGUGGUUCUGUGAGGAUCAGAAGCUCCAGAGCAGCUGUAGUGUGUUUGGUUCUGCUGUGUGUUCUUCUGCUGGCUGCAGUCACAGUCCUGUGUUUCUUUUUCACUCAAGAACGACAACAGCUCAUAUCCAAGAAUGAAAACCUGACCAAUGAGAGAGAGCAGCUGAUGCUCAAGAACACAAACCUGACCAAUGAGAGAGAGCAGCUAAUCCUCAAGAACACAAACCUGACCAAUGAGAGAGAGCAGCUAAUCCUCAAGAACACACACCUGACCAAUGAGAGAGAGCAGCUGAUGCUCAAGAACACAAACCUGACCAAUGAGAGAGAGCAGCUGAUGCUCAAGAACACAAACCUGACCAAUGAGAGAGAGCAGCUAAUCCUCAAGAACACAAACCUGACCAAUGAGAGAGAGCAGCUAAUCCUCAAGAACACAAACCUGACCAAUGAGAGAGAGCAGCUAAUCCUCAAGAACACAAACCUGACCAAUGAGAGAGAGCAGCUAAUACUCAAGAACACAAACCUGACCAAUGAGAGAGAGCAGCUAAUACUCAAGAACACAAACCUGACCAAUGAGAGAGAGCAGCUAAUCCUCAAGAACACAAACCUGACCAAUGAGAGAGAGCAGCUAAUACUCAAGAACACACACCUGACCAAUGAGAGAGAGCAGCUAAUACUCAAGAACACAAACCUGACCAAUGAGAGAGAGCAGCUGAUACUCAAGAACACACACCUGACCAAUGAGAGAGAGCAGCUGAUUCUCAAGACUGAAAACCUGACCAAUGAGAGAGAGCAGCUAAUAUCCAAGACUGAAAACCUGACCAAUGAGAGAGAGCAGCUGAUUCUCAAGACUGAAAACCUGACCAAUGAGAGAGAGCAGCUGAUGCUCAAGAACACAAACCUGAUGCUCAAGAACACAAACCUGACCAAUGAGAGAGAGCAGCUGAUGCUCAAGAACACAAACCUGACCAAUGAGAGAGAGCAGCUAAAAUGGGAUAAAAAUUACCUUGAGAAAUGUCUCGUUAAAGUGGAUGGCUGGAUUUACUAUCAAUGCCAUUUUUACUACAUGUCCACUGAGAUGAGGAGCUGGAAUGAGAGCAGAAGAUACUGUACAGAGAGAGGAGCAGAUCUGAUCAUCAUAAACAACAGAGAGGAACAAGAAUUUGUUAAGAACAUUUCUGGUUAUGAUGCUUUCUGGAUUGGUCUGACUGACAUUGAGGUGGAAGGCAGCUGGAAAUGGGUUGAUAACAGCACACUGACCUCUGGGUUCUGGUGGCAUUGGUCUCCUAGCUACUCUUACUAUUCAAACUGUGCUCUAAGCUAUAGCUCUGGGUGGUUUGAUUAUUCAUGUUAUGAAACUUUUAAAUGGAUCUGUGAGACAAGUACUUCACAGAUUGUGUCCUAGGAACAUAAUAAAAAAUGUUCUCAUAACAUUACCCACAUGCAACAUUAUAAAAAUUGAUUAAAUGUACUCAUCUAAAACAUUUAAAUAAAUAAUUGUGGAGGCACUUUACGAACAUGCCUGAUUAACCUGUCAGACUUUUGUUUAAUUUUUUUUUUCUUUAUUGUUUGGGGAACUCUUUGUGAGCAAUUUCUCAAAAAAUUUUUGCAUAUCAAACAUAUUUGUUUUGAAGAACUUAUUUUUUUAUUUAAAUCAUUUUCUACUUAAAAAAAAGGAAAAAAAACAACAACUUUAUUUUAACAAUAUAUUCUACAGUUCUACAAUACUACAGAUAUAAAGGUAUAGCACCUGUUUUCCACAAAAGUAAAUAAAUAAAUAAAAGCAACAACAACAGCUACAAAAAAAACCCUUAGCAAAAUAAGUAAUCUGAUUGGAUAAGAAUAAUGUUCACCCUUUAUAAAGUACCCUAUGGUGUAACGGUACCAAUCACCUCAGAAGCCAGUCAUAACAAGAAACACUGUAACCACCUAAACCUAGUAGUGCAUGUCGCCACACACAUAAACACACAUUUGAUCAACUGUGUGUUCUGCACAAGGUACUAAAUA